GUUUUAUAGAGCAUCCCUUGCCUGGAUCAUGAUUUUCGAGCGCCUCUUCGGUAUAAUAAGGUCCGACACAGAUCAGCAGACGCUUCAUGGGUGGUUGUAGUGUAAAACAAUCCUGUUUCCCUCCAGUUCAAGCUGCCCAGCUUAUUAUUAUCGUCCACCACUGGCCGUGGCACCUCUUCAAGUUCGGUAUAGACGGAGCAACUUUGAACCAAGCGACUCCUCUCGGUCGCCAAACCACCAUCUUCCCAGUCCACACGACCCCUGCAGUGCGUUCCCCCCCUUCUCAAUCCGGCGUUCCCGUCCUCCUCCGGCCGAACUGCUCUGCCACGACCCCCCCGAUUCGCAAGCCACACCUAACUCCUACUACGACUAGCACUCCUAGUAUCGUCUUGUAAUUCCCCUCGGGCGUUGACUGAUUCUCUCUUGAAGCCUCGACCGCAUGCUACUACCCCAGGUACCUCCUCCCUGUACUCGAUAGAACCGUCGCACCCCCCUGCCAACGACACUAUUGUAUCGCAGCGCCGUCAACUUGAAGACAUUAUUCAAUCAAUCCCUGCGCGCCAGCAUCCUCGUCCUCGUUCGUCCCGCGAAACGAAACGCCUCUGCCUCCUUUGCGCCAUCUCCUCCUUUUUCUUCUGGAACCCGCGCCCAGGCUAGAGCCGCGCCCUCCUCCAGACACCACCACCACCAUCACCACCAUCUUCGAUAGCUCGCCCACACCUCCCUCUGGCGCUCUCCCUCCACAGUUGGCAUCAGCACUUUCCGAUCCGAGAUCGACGAGACCACGUCAAGAGUGGUGUAUCGGCCGGGCAACACUUCGUGGUGCAUCCUCUCCGUCCCCGUCCCGAUCGCACCUGCGCCCGAGCAUUGGCAGUGGCAGUCUGGCUGUCAGCCCAGCAAGCCAACAAGCCAGCUUUGAGCGCAAAGCCAGUGGGAGUCGACUUGUAAUACCCUGCAAUCCUCUCCCAAUGUGUGGGCGCCUCCACUUACGGUGCGAAAGAUUGAUGCCGUGCAUGCCUUGGAAAUAGAAAAAAACAGGACCUCCGUCCAAGCACGCCAGAGUCCACGAACGAAAAUAGUUCUUAAAGGAGCAUCAUGAGUACCCUGCUUCAGUCGACCCUGAGAAAUCCUUUUAGCUCUACCGUCGAACAUUCACCCAGACCCAGAUCAAUGGCCAUACUACCCCAAAACAACGAAACCUCGCCCAAGUCGACCGAAGAAGAUUCGGUGCAGACCACCUCUCCCGGUCCUCCAAGCAUGCGCCCUCCUGCUCAAGGGAGUCCAGAAACCGACCAGCCACAAAGCAGCAACGCAAAUGGCACCAAGGACCCCAGUCCCGCGAACAACACCGGCACCGGAGCGGCCGGUGCGUCUCAGGCGCCGAACAAAGUCGUGCAAACGGCUUUCAUUCACAAGCUAUACAGCAUGUUGGAAGACCGCAGCAUUUCGCAUUUGAUCUCAUGGUCCAGUAGUAAUGAGAGCUUCGUCAUGUCGCCCUCGAACGAGUUCUCCAAAGUGCUGGCUCAUUACUUCAAGCACACCAACAUUUCAUCCUUUGUUCGACAACUCAACAUGUACGGAUUCCACAAGGUCAGCGACGUUUUCCACACCGGGUCCUCCGAGUCCGCUCUCUGGGAAUUCAAACAUGGGAACGGGAACUUUAGGAAAGGUGACCUGAUGGGCUUGAGAGAGAUCAAAAGGCGGGCGUCACGGCACACAUUGAUACACCGAGAUUCUUUCUCUAACGCGAAGCCCAAUGCCUCCCAGCCAGGAACGCCUGCCGAGGUGAUGCCAGACACCGACCAGCGUUUGGCGGCUCUCGAACAGGCUUUCUACGACGCCCAUACCCGGUUGCAAAGAACAGAAGAAAACUACGCCUCGAUGAGCGCCAGAUGUCAGGCUCUGACCGAGAGUCUUGUCCGCUGUCAUCAAUGGAUACAUGGCGUUACCGGAGCAAUCCAAAACAUGUCUUCGCCGGAAUCUGCCUUGUACGCAGACAUUACAAACAUGCAGAAAGAGAUCGCGCGACAGCUCGAGUUUGUCCGUGGUUUGGAGACGCCGCAGGACCCCAGACAGCCAUACUAUUCCAGCGGCGGUGCUGCUCUAGAACCCCCGGUUUCGCCACGGGGAUACAACUACCCAGACAGCCGACGGUCAUCCAUUCAGGUAGAACCCCAACACGUGGGAUUGCGACCCCCGGUGCCGGCGAUUCCGCCACACUUCUCUUCGUCGCCUCGGCGGUUUGGCUCGAUGAGUGGUCCUCAAGCAUCGCCGGGCUUCAGUCGCCCGGCGCUUCCACAGCAGCACCCUCCACAGAAUGCACAUCCUCUGUCAGCAGUUGCUACUCCACCACCUCUGAGUUUGACUCGUCGGCAUACGUCUGCCGAUAUCCGGGAGCAUGGGUGGCCACCAACCAACACUAACGGGUCCCCGCACGCAUCAGGGCAGUCGUCUGCGCACUGGCAACCUUCGUCGCCGCAACAGCCACCGCACUCUGGCGGCGGCGACCAAGCGAUCCGGGACCAAUUGGCUCAGUACGAAAUCAACGGCCCGAGGCGACAGACACUCAGCGCCAGCCAGCCGACACCGCCCCUCAGUGCUGACGCUCCUCCGGCAGGGUUAGGGGUUGACAAUGUCUCCUGGACGUUGGGCGGGAGUAAAUUCCCUCGGCCGAACUUCGAGUUGCAUUCUGCGCCGGCCACUCGAAGGGGAAGCAUGGCGACGCUGCAUUCACUGCUGAAUCCCGCCGAGACGGCCGAGGAGGAGAAUGAAGAUGACGGUCCCAACGAGGAUCGCAAACGGAAACGACUGCAAUGAAGAAAGUUGCGCCCAGUAUAAACUUGUUACAUUUUUGACAGAACAGAAAGCCACAGUGGAUUACCUUAGAUAAUGAGACCAGAAAAGCAGGCGUUUGAACAUAUUUCUUUAGCAUGACCCUCGAAAGCACUGCUUGCGGGAGAUGGGUGUCGAAACCUCCUAAUUGACCAAUUUCAGGCGUUUGAAGAGUAAUAUAGGCUCAUGGGAGGCCCUGCGCUGGUCAGGGCCUCUGAUCCAUUUUUGAAAGACCACGAGAUGCGUAUGUACAUCAGAGCCUCAGGCGUACUGCUACAGCAGCCUACCAUAGAGACACUUUGUACUUGUGUUCAGAGCGCGGCGCGGCGUCUUUGCUCUGGGCUGUUCGCCUACCUGAUCCUACACAGAAUCUACUGUAGACCGAGAUGGCGGCCGGAAUGCUGAAGAUCUUGUUUCUCCA